GUUUUUGAGGAGAGAGUCUUCUCUGUCUCUCUCUCCGCCUCUGGUUUGUUUCUUCGAUUCCUGCUUCGCCUUGAUCUUUUUAAGACCCUCUCUCAUGGUCAGCAUCAGCUGGGCGUUUGAAUUUCUUCUUUGGGAUGGGAAGGGUGAAACUGAAGAUAAAGAAGUUAGAGAACACGAAUGGACGCCAAGCUACAUUCGCCAAGCGGAAACAUGGGAUCAUGAAAAAGGCUAAUGAGCUCUCCAUUCUCUGCGACAUCCACGUUGCUCUUCUCAUGUUCUCUCCCUCCGGAAAACCUUCCCUAUGCUGCGGUAGACACAGUACCAUUGAAGAGGUGAUUGCAAAGUUUGCUCAAGUAACGCCACAGGAGAGAACAAAGAGGAAGUUGGAGAGCCUUGAAGCGUUGAAGAAAACAUUCAAGAAGUUGGAUCAUGAUGUUAAUAUACGUGAAUUCAUUGCCUCCGGCAAUCCGACAGUAGAGGACCUGAGUCAUCAAGCAAGGGCUCUUCAAGCUCGGCUUUCUGAGACGCACAGGAGAAUAAGCUAUUGGUCCGAACCCGAGAAGAUAAACAGCAUUGAACAUCUUGGGCAGCUAGAAAUUUCGAUCAGGCAAUCCCUUGACCAACUCCGCGCCCAUAAGCAAAAUCUACUGCAGAUGGAAAACUCUGGCCUUGUCAAAGAUUGGUCAAACUGCUUGAUACAAGACGGGAUUCAGAUUCCACUUGAUCAACAGCUCCAGUCUCUGUCCUGGAUUGCUAACAACAGCAGCAGCAACAUUGUCACUGAGGAACUGAAUUUGAUCCCCCAGAGGGACAUUGAAUGCUCCGCGAGUUCUUCAUUCGGGAGCUACUCGGGCUACUUUGGAACAGGAAAAAGCCCAGAGAUUUCGAUUUCUGGGCAAGAAACAAGCUUUAUUGAUGAACUGACCGGUACUGCACAACUGAGGCCGCUGGCAAACACGCAGCAAUUUGCUUACAUUCCUUACAACCCGAAUUUGCCAAACGAUGUAAAGCACCAACCUUUGCCUCCGGGUUUGAACUUACCGAUGAAUCAGCAGACGACGGAUUAUCAUAUGAAUGAUCUCUUUGAAUCGCCUGGUUCUUCCCAAGCUAGGUUUGGUUCUAGCAGCAGCUCCAUGCCUUGUUCUGUUGCCAUGUUCGAUGACUUCUUCUUUUCACAGCUGAUGCAACCGAACUGAGAGAUGCCACGGGAAAGCAAGGAGCUCGCUGAAGAGCAGAGCAAGAAGAAGACUUGCUUCCUUUCCGACACCGUGACUUUGGAGAGUCAAGAGACAGAAUCUAUUGAUAGGUUCCAUGAACAACCGACGAUGAAUCUGGCAGUGUAAAGCCAAGAUCAGUAACUAAGAAAAAUAGCGUGUUCUAUUAUAGAGAUGCUUAACAUUAUGAUACAUAUAUAGUCGGAUGGACUGGGAUUUUGAUUAAUAUGUGUUCCCAUUUUCCGGUGAUUCA